AAAAUUAUAGAAAUGUCAAGAUUAAUACAAUAACUCAAUCAUCAAAUCAGUCCCAAAGAAAAAUUUAGUGAAAAUAAUUAAAAUGUACAAUAAGAUAGCGUUAAUUACGAUUUUAAUACUUAUAUUAAAUUGUGUAAAUGGUGACACCAAUAAUACCCAACAACAACAACAAACAAGUUCAACUCAAGUAAAAACAGAAUCGCAAUCUUUACAAGAUAAAAAUAAAACUUCAAGUGUAAGUUCACCAACUCCAACAACAUCAUCUAGUAGUUCUAUAUCUAAUGCAACAGCUGAAAAAUGUUCAUGCGAUGGUGGAUUAAUACCAAGAAUUGGAGAAAACGGAAAAGAACUAGAAAUUUGUCCACAUUGCAAAUGUAAAUAUGAAGACCGUAAUUCAACACUGAUUAAAAUUGUUGUCAUUAUAGUUAUUUGGGUAAUAUCGAUUCUGGUUAUUUAUAUGUUAUUCUUGAUGUGUUUGGAUCCAUUACUUAAUAAAAGAGUGAAAGCAAAUUAUCAGGAACAUACAAACGAAGAUGAUGACACAGCAUCAGUCAGUGGGCCACAAUUACAACAAGCGAAUGCUCAGGAGAUGAACACUCGUGGCAACUCCAGUAAUGUUUUAAAUCGAGUUGGCCACCAGCAAGAUAAAUGGAAGAGGCAAGUUCGUGAACAAAGGAAAAAUAUUUAUGAUAGGAGAACAAUGCUUAAUUGAAAUUUUCGUUUAUGAUAAACUCACUAUAUUAAGAUAGCAAUUAUUUUUUAAGAAAUCUAUGAAAAAAAUAUUUAACAUGCGAACUAUAAAAAUACUUUGAAUUUGUAAUUAUAGUAUUAAAAAUGAAAGAAUCUAUGAAAAGUA